AUGCAGAAAAGGACGGAGAAGUGUGGGGCUCAGCUGCCUCUCCCUGUUCCAGCCAGCAGCUCUCAGCGAGGUGUGUUCAGGAAGAGCACCACCUACCUGGCUAAGAUCGCUGUCGUCCUCCAAGACACUCCAGGAAAGAUGCUCACUUUUAUUCAGUUGAUGGACAAACUGGCACCUUUAAUCUAUGAAGAAAGAAAAUCUGUUGAGAACAACAUCAGAGUUUGUUUAUCAACCAACAAAUGUUUUGUCAAGAUUCCAGUGGUUCCUGAUUCCCUGGACAGUAAGAGAAACUACUGGAAACUGGACCCCAGUCAGAUCACAGCAAAGAUGGUGCGUCGUCACUUCAAAGGACUCCUGCAGCUCUUCCCUGAGUUGGCCUCCAAAGUGGAAACGGAGAACACGAGCAGACCCUCGGAGCUCUGCUCGGCUCUCCACUCUCCUGAACCAGCGGCCUGCAGAGCGGUUCAGAUCAGAUGUGAGGUGAAGUUCAGCAGUCCUUUCUCCAUUGAAUCCCUCCUGAAGAGAGACAGUCCCUCUGCUCGGCCCUCCAGAGCUUCUCCUCUGUCCAGUGUGCCGGUCAGAGUGGAGCAGCAGACUCGGCCCACACACAGACUAGUUGGGACAAAGAGGAGCUUCAGAUGGGACUCUGAGGAGCCUCUGCUCCUCCAAGCUUCAGAUGGAAGUUCCCCCAUCUGCUCAACAGGAGGCAGCACACCCCACAGAAUCGCUGCUCAUGGAGCUGCUCAGCCCAUCAGCAGGAUGAACGUGUGCACUCAGUCCUCAUUCCCUGUCUACACAAGAGCCAGUGCUGCUCCUUAUUACAUCAGCCCCCACAUCACUUCCUCUGUACCUACAUUUACCCAUGAUGCUCUUCGGUUCUGUAUGUAA